CUCCCGGGGCUCGUCACGAAAUAGCUCACGGCGCUCUGACCUUGUGAUUGGCAGAGUAAUGGUUGAGUGGCAUUCACUUACCGUAACUGGCUUCAUAAAUUGCAUAAAUUGUAGUACUUUUGGGUGAUUUAGACAGCUGUAAAAAGCAAAAUGGCUGUUGCAGCAGCAAUAGAAGUAGCAGAGCUCGCAGCCGAAGCGGUCGCCGAAACGGCUGCAGAAACAAUAGCUGAGACAACCGCGGAGGCCGCCGCAGAGGGGGCGGCAGAGGCGGCGGCUGAAGGAGCGGCAGAAAUGGCGGCAGAGGCGGCAGCCGAGACAGCAGCCGAAACGGCAGCCGAGACAGCGGCAGAAACUGCGGCGGAAACUGCGGCAGAGACGGCCGCCGAAACGGCGGCCGAAGAAAGCAUAUUCAGUGGUGUAAUUGCCAAGGUCGUAAAGAUCGGUGCGAUUCUUGUGGUGGGUGUAGCUAUCGGAUCUGUCAUCGAUUUGAUCAAAGGUGCAACAGGAGCUGGGCUCAAGAAAUGCAAACUUGACGCCGACACCAGAAAAAGUCUAGAAAAAGUUCAAAACGCACUUGAUCAAAUAUCAGGCAUGUUUUCAAGAUGGAAUGGAGUGCUAAAAGGACUCGGGAAGGACGUGGAUCUAGGAAGUAUCGAGGUUGAUUUGGAAGGAAAAAAGGAGAGUAUUCACGUCAGUAGUCUGUUUUACGGGGUACUUGACACCAUCAAAAAGGACCUAGAUAAAGCGCAGGCCAUCGCGAAGGAAUGCUCCGAGAGCUGUGCAUGGCAAGCUAACCUACAAGUGUUCACGCUGCACAUUGUGAAUGCUGUGACUGGCAUGGUCGCCCUCGUGGAUCUGAGAGAUAAGAGCAGUAAACUACAGCAAUACAAUGUGCCCGCAUCUACUGACAAAGGCACACUGCAGCAACUUCUAGAUAGCGACUUUCCCAAGUGGAAAGAGUACAUAAAACAGCAAGCAAAAAAGCACUUGAAUACAGCGAUGGUGAAGGAGGCGAAAGAAAACGCAACUAAAGCUGUGCUACCCAUUGUCAAGCAACCGAUCCAAACACAAGUUCUGGCUCAAGCCAAAUCUCAAGUCGUCCCUCCCAUCGUGAAUGCGUCUAAGGACGAGGGUAAACGCGCGGCAAAGCGGGUAUUUGAUGAUCGGCGCGGUCAUAUCAUGGCUAUCGGCCUGAUUCCAUUCUACGGCUGGGUCAAGUCACAGCAGCUGAUAGCGGAUGCCAAGAGAGACGCCAUCAACAAUGCCAGGAACGCCGCCAGGAAUAAGGCGAAUCAGGAGUUUGGAAGUCCUGCCGUACAGGACAAAAUGCAUCAAAUCUCAAAAAGUGUCUCCGACUCGGUAUUCGCCCAGCACAAAACACAGGUAGACCAAGCCAUCAAGUCAGCGGUAGACAGCACCAUGGCUCACUACAAGCCUGUGCAUGCGCAGCUGGACUCUCACAUGGACUCCUUCUAAAGAAGAUCUCAUCACGUCAAGCAAGUCAUUAUAACCCUACGAUACGCUGUCAAUCCUACUUAUCUGCUAGCUAUUGUGAAAGAAUACAAUUUCAAAAUAACAUAAUUUUGUAGGGAAAAGUCAAAUAAAAAGUUUUAAAUAAAA